UAGACAAGCGAAAUAAAUUACCGAAAUGGAUACAGGAACAUUGGAAUGGUUUCCAAUGUGAUAACGGUGGAAUUUGUAUGUCCGGACGAUCCGCGUCAGCCCAGAGGAAUUAAGAGGAAGUUACUUAAAGAUAUGGAAGUGCAAAAAAUGAUUGGGCUUGCCCAGAGACUUUUCAAAACCGGUGGAAAGAUUCCGGCUCUUUCGUUCAUCCCACGGAAUCUAUCAAACGAUGAAAUCUCGUUGGACAAACCGUUGCAAGAGCUUAGUUAUUAUUCAAUACAGGACGGUGAUCAAGUUCUUGUGAGGUGGUGAUAUCGAAUAAAUUAUAUUUAUAGACACUGUA